UCCGCAACCCCAACCCGACCCGACCCUCUGCCUCUCAUCUCUCCACACCGCCAUUUCGCCCUCUGACAAGACCCAUCCCCCACCGGCGCGGCGAUCUUUGCUGCUCUCUGAAGCCCUUCCUGCUCCUACUCCACAGCGCCCCUUCUCUUCCCUCGCGCUUCACCGCGAACGCCUACCAGCUACUGUUCCUUCCCGCCCACCGCUACCAGCUGCUGUUGCAGCCUCCUGCUCGACUGCGACCAGCUGCUGCUCCAGCCUCCUGCUCCACCGCGACCAGCUCCGGCUCCAGCUGCUACUCCUGAGAGAAUCAGGAAAUUGCACCCAUUUUUCUGAAUUUCGCGGAAAACCCUAAACUGGGGAUAUGCUCAAUUCCGCCAUUCCUUGCUGGCCAAAAUCCCUUCGACCCUAAAACCCCUAAAUCGCCACUCCUCCCCCCCCCCCCCCCCCCCCCCCCCCCCCCCCCCCCCCCCCCCCCCCCCCCGCCCCUUCUCUCUCUCUCUCUCUCUCUCUCUCUCUCUCUCUCAGCUGUCUGUCUCUAAUCCCCCGUUUCGUGCUCCACCGGGGAACUGAAGAAGCAUGUCGCUCCCGCCGGUGGAGUGCACCUGCAUCACCGACGACUUCGUCCGGGAAUGGAAGAAUCCUAGCGCCAACCCUAGCCUGAAGCCCCCCGACCCCGUCCCGUCACUUCGGUUCCUCUAUGAGCUCUGCUGGAACAUGGUCCGCGGAGAAUUGCCGUUUCAGAAGUGUAAGCCAAUAUUGGAUUCGGUGGAGUUUUUGGAUAAGCCAAGCAGCGAGGAGUUGAUUUCUGCUUUAGCUGACAUAAUCAGCCAAAUGGCCCUCGACCUUACAUUACAAGGAGAAUUUCGCACGCGCCUAACUAAAUUGGCAAAGUGGCUUGUAGAGUCUGCGUUAGUUCCUUUGAGGCUUUUCCAAGAGCGUUGUGAGGAGGAAUUUUUAUGGGAGGCAGAAUUGAUCAAGAUUAAAGCUCAGGAGUUAAAGAAUAAAGAGGUUCGAGUAAACACACGGCUACUCUAUCAGCAAACCAAAUUUAACCUUUUGCGGGAGGAGAGCGAGGGAUAUGCCAAAUUGGUCACGCUACUUUGUCGAGGUUCUGAAGCAUCCACUCCGAACGCCACAGCAGCCACUAUUGGCAUUAUUAAGUCGCUAAUUGGGCACUUUGAUUUGGAUCCAAACCGUGUCUUUGACAUCGUUUUGGAGUGCUUUGAACUUCAGCCAGAUAUUAGUAUCUUUUUGGAGCUAAUUCCUAUUUUUCCGAAGUCACAUGCUUCCCAGAUUCUUGGUUUUAAGUUCCAAUAUUAUCAGCGAAUGGAAGUAAAUUCUCCUGUGCCAUUUGGGCUCUACAAAAUUACAGCAUUGCUGGUGAAAGAAGAGUUCAUUGAUCUUGAUAGUGUGUAUUCGCAUUUACUUCCGAGGGAUGAUGAAGCAUUUGAGCACUAUAGUGCUUUUUCUGCCAAGAGACUUGAUGAGGCUAACAAGAUUGGUAAGAUAAAUCUUGCAGCCACUGGGAAGGAUCUCAUGGAAGACGAAAAACAGGGAGAUGUGUCUAUAGAUCUCUUUGCUGCCUUGGACUUGGAAACAGAUGCUGUAGCUGAGCGUCUUCCAGAGUUGGAGAAUAAUCAAAGUUUGGGCUUGCUUUCUGGAUUCCUUUCUGUGGAGGAUUGGUAUCAUGCCAAUAUAUUGUUCGAGCGACUUUCAUCUCUUAAUCCAGUGGCACAUCUUCAAAUCUGUGAUGGCUUGUUCAGGCUCAUUGAGAAAACGAUCUUUCCAGCAUAUAGUGUUGUUAGGAAAAUGCAUUUUCAUAGUCUCGGGUUUACACCUCCCACUAGCGGGGAUGCUAUGGAUACAACAGACUCAUUGGUCCGUAGGUCCUUCAUUGAUCUUCCUAAAGAACUAUUCCAGAUGCUUGCUUGUGCUGGGCCGUACCUCUACCGGGACACCAUAUUAUUGCAGAAGGUUUGUCGAGUUUUGAGAGUAUAUUUACUGUCUGCUCUGGACCUUGUAACUAGUGAUGAUGGGGGGUUAAAUGUUGAAUUUGUCAAUGGGGAAAGUAAAGCUCCUCGCCUCCACCUAAAGGAAGCUAGGCUAAGAGUUGAGGAAGCUUUGGGAACUUGCCUCCUACCUUCUUUACAGCUGGUGCCCGCAAAUCCUGCUGUUGGGCAGGAGAUUUGGGAAGUAAUGAGUCUUCUUCCGUACGAGGUGCGGUAUCGGUUAUAUGGUGAAUGGGAAAAAGAAGAUGAACGGAUGCCUAUGAUUUUAGCUGCAAGACAAACGGCUAAGUUGGAUACCAGAAGGAUCCUGAAACGUCUUGCAAAGGAGAACUUGAAGCAACUAGGUCGGAUGGUGGCCAAACUAGCACAUGCUAAUCCCAUGACCGUCCUCCGAACAAUUGUACAUCAGAUUGAGGCGUACAGGGACAUGAUUGCUCCAGUAGUUGAUGCAUUCAAGUAUCUCACACAGCUCGAAUAUGACAUCUUGGAAUAUGUGGUUAUUGAGCGAUUAGCUCAAGGGGGUCGGGAGAAGCUAAAAGAUGAUGGCCUCAAUCUGUCAGACUGGCUCCAAUCUUUGGCUUCCUUUUGGGGUCACCUGUGCAAAAAGUAUCCGUCAAUGGAAUUGAGAGGCCUUUUCCAGUAUCUUGUAAACCAGUUAAAGAGAGGUCAAGGUAUUGAGCUCGUUGUGCUGCAGGAGCUUAUUCAGCAAAUGGCAAAUGUCCAGUACACGGAAAAUCUGACAGAGGAACAGUUGGAUGCAAUGGCCGGCAGUGAAACUUUACGCCAUCAGGCUACUACUUAUGGAUUGACUCGGAACAACAAGGCACUGAUCAAAUCGACUAACAGGCUGAGAGAUUCCUUGCUUCCAAAGGAUGAUCCCAAGUUGGCAGUCCCACUUUUAUUGCUUAUUGCUCAACAUCGAUCUCUGGUUGUCAUAAAUGCCGAAGCACCCUACGUUAAGAUGGUCAGUGAGCAAUUUGAUAGGUGUCAUGGGACCCUUCUUCAAUAUGUUGAAUUUCUGUGCAGCUCAGUGACACCAGCCACUGCUUAUGCCCAACUGAUCCCCUCACUAGAUGAUCUUGUUCAUCUGUAUCACCUUGAGCCUGAGGUUGCUUUCUUGAUAUAUCGUCCGGUAAUGAGGAUCUUCAAGUGUCAGGGCAGGUCUGAAGUCUGCUGGCCUUUGGAUAUCAAGGAACCUAUAGGCUCAGAUUCCGAGUCAGAAGACAAUCCUUGCAAAUUGGUUCUCGAUCUUGGUUCUCCAAAGAAGCCUAUAAUGUGGUCAGAUCUUCUGGCAACUGCUAAAACAAUGUUGCCUGCUAAAGCUUGGAAUAGCUUGUCACCGGAUCUCUAUGCCACAUUUUGGGGUCUCACGUUGUAUGAUCUGUAUGUUCCUCGAACUCGUUAUGAGUCUGAGAUCGCCAAGCAACAUGCUGCGCUUAAAGUUCUUGAGGAACUCUCUGAUACCUCAAGUUCUGCUAUUACUAAGAGGAAGAAAGACAAGGAAAGAAUUCAGGAAGCACUUGAUAGGCUGAUGAGUGAGCUUUAUAAGCAUGAAGAGAAUGUUGCUUCUGUUCGUGCACGCCUUUCUCGGGAGAAAGACAAGUGGUUGAGUUCAUGUCCGGAUACUCUAAAGAUCAACAUGGAGUUCCUUCAACGUUGUAUAUUUCCGAGAUGCACUUUUAGCAUGCCUGAUGCUGUUUACUGUGCCAUGUUUGUGAAUACUCUUCAUUCGCUGGGGACCCCCUUCUUUAACACAGUGAAUCACAUUGAUGUCUUAAUAUGCAAGACACUACAACCCAUGAUCUGCUGCUGUACUGAGUAUGAAGUUGGCAGACUAGGGAGGUUUUUAUAUGAGACACUGAAGACUGCAUAUUACUGGAAGAGUGAUGAGUCUAUAUAUGAAAGAGAGUGCGGGAACAUGCCAGGAUUUGCUGUAUAUUAUAGAUAUCCAAACAGCCAACGUGUUACUUAUGGCCAAUUUAUAAAGGUGCAUUGGAAAUGGAGUCAGAGGAUCACAAAGUUAUUGAUUGCUUGCUUGGAAUCAAGUGAAUACAUGGAAAUUCGAAAUGCCCUUAUCAUGCUGACAAAAAUUUCUGGUGUCUUCCCAGUUACUCGGAAAACUGGGAUUAACCUUGAAAAGCGGGUGGCCAAAAUUAAAGGCGAUGAGAGAGAAGAUCUCAAAGUGUUGGCAACAGGUGUGGCUGCUGCUUUGGCAGCUAGAAAGCCCUUCUGGGUUACGGAUGAAGAAUUUGGGAUGGGUUAUUUGGACUUAAAGCCCUCUUCAUCUCUUGCGACAAAGUCUGUGGCUGCUAAUACGACUAAUGGCUCUGCUGUUAGUGUUACUCAAAGUGAUUCUGGAAGAGUAGCACAGCAAGUGCCUGAUUCUGGGACUUCUGCCAAAGAACAGACGUCAAGGACGAAACUUGCAGAUGCCAAACAUGAGAAAUCAGAUAACCUUUUACAUUCCAAAUCUGAUCCUGGAUCUACCAAGGCUAGAGGUGGGUCUUUAGUUAAUGGAUCUAAUGUUCAGAUAUCUGCUACUUCUGCUGUACAAGCUGGAGGGUCAAAUCAGAGGCACGUGGAAGAUUCUGCUCCAAAGGACACUGCUGAAACUGAGGUUAAACCUUCAAAUAGACGGUCCAUUCCUGCUGGAUCUGUAGGCAAACCGAUGAAACAAGACUCUGCCAAAGAUGAGGGCAGAUCUGGGAAAGCUGCCUCUAGGACUUCUGCUACUGCUCAGAUCUCAGAGAGCAGGCAAGGUGGGGUCAGUAAUGUUUCCACUGCUUCUGCUGUCAACGGUGGCACGGGUAAAGGUUCGACUUCAUCUCUGAGAGCAGCCAUAGAUUCGCAAAGUGUUGAAACGAAGGCUGAGAAUAAUUCCAAGACAUCUGAUGUUAAAGCUCCUGCAGCUAAAGAUGAUGGAAGCGAUAAUCUGGAUGUGGUGAGACCUACUGGGCCAAGGCGCGAUCCUUCUCCAUCAGCUUCAAAGUUAAGCGAGAAGCUUCAGAAGAGAAGCAGCCCAGCUGAUGAAGCUGAUAGGGUGAGCAAACGUAGGAAGGGGGACUCUGAUUCCAGAGAUACUGAGGGUGAAGUUCGAGUCUCCGACAGGGAGAGAUUGAUGGAUGUUCGACUGUCUGAUGCCGAUAGAAUGGCGAAUGAUGAGCAGAAUAUGCAAAGAGCAUCAGAUAAGGCUUUGGAUAGGUUGAAAGAUAAAGGUGUUGAUAGACAUGAUAGGGAUUAUAGGGAAAGAAUGGAAAGAGAUGUGGCUGAGAAAUCAAGGGAUAAGUCAAUGGAGAGGUAUGGGAGAGAGCGUUCUGUUGAGAGAGGAAAAGGUCGUGAUGAGGCUAAGGAUGAGAGAAGUAAAGAUGAGAGGAGCAAAUUACGUCAUGGUGAAUCUAUGGGGGAUAAGUCUUAUAGUGAUGACCGGUUUCAUGGGCAAAGCCUUCCGCCUCCACCCCCCUUGCCACCUCACAUGGUUCCUCAAUCUGUUCCUGCUAGUAGAAGAGAAAAUGAAAAUGCCGAUGGAAGGUUUGGGACUACCCGGCACAGUCAAAGGCUUUCACCGAGACAUGAGGAGAGAGAAAGGAGACGAUCUGAAGAGAACACUGUGCCUCUGGAUGAUACAAAACGAAGAAGAGAUGAUGACUUUCGGGAUAGAAAACGAGAAGAACGGGAAGCUCUACCUUUGAAGGUGGAUGAGAGGGAUAAGGAAAGAGAGAGGGAAAGAGAGAAAGCAAAUCUCUUGAAGGAGGAUAUGGAGGUGGCAGCUGCAGCAGCUAAAAGGCGGAAACUCAAAAGAGAGCAUUUAUCAUCCGCCGAGCCAGGGGAAUACUCACCCGGGGGCCCACCCCCUCCCCUAUCUAUUAGUCUAUCGCAGUCAUACGACGGGAGAGGAGAGAGAGAUCGAAAAGGUGCAAUGGCCCCACGCCCAGCUUACUUGGAAGAACCAGGCCCACGGAUCCAUAGUAAAGAUAUGCCUGCAAAGAUUGCCCGUCGCGAUGCUGAUCCAAUGUAUGACAGAGAAUGGGAAGAGGAAAAGCGACAGAGAGCGGAGCAGAAGCGGAGGCAUCGCAAGUAGUAGAAGAAGAUAUUUUAUAUUCAAGUCUUUAUAUGCUCAGAUCUGCAGCAAAUUGGCCCUGGAACAUACUCUUUGAGGAGCCUUUGAAUGAUGUAUUACUACUGCUGGGGUCCGAUGGCAUUUGCGUUUUGAUAGAUACUGAUGAACUGUUAUGUUAAAUCUCGUAACACAUCCAUCCAACUGCUGUUGCUAAGUUUCUCUAUGUAUCAUAUAUAUCUUUUUUUCGGCGUAAUUGAUGUAGCAGCACAUUUUGUAAAUGAUUGAGGUUAGGAUAGUUUUGAGUUUGCAACUGCAGUUACAUUGAUCUUACCGGUUCAGGCAAAGCAAAAAUCAGUGCUUUUCGGUUAUCAUUUUCACUCCUAAAUUUAUAAUUAUCUUCACAUUUUAGAUGUAAUAUGACAUGAAACAUAUCAAGCUUGUUCUUUUUUCAACAUA